AUGCAAGAAAAACUUCCUCCAAGUCUGCAAAAGCCCAGCAGCUUUGCGUUCCCUGUACAUGCCUACCAGCAGAUGGGUAUUGGGUAUCAUUUCAACGCCGUGGAGAUGGCCACACGAUUGACCAAAGCCGUUCAGAGUUCAUCCCUGGACUAUCUCAAUCUUACAUUGCUCCGGAAACUUAACUUGCAGGACUACGAGCUAGAACACGAUAACUCCGACGUGAAAACAAACCGUCAUAGUUUCGAGAAAACUUGCACCCAGACUUCUCCAUCUAGUCCCAUCACCAACUGCACUGGAGGUGGAAGCCGAAGCAAUAACAACGUGAGAAAGGGUUCGCACGAGAAAUGUCUGCAACAACACAAGAUCCCUAUACCCGUCACCCUAGUUCCUGUUGAGUCACGGUUGAUCACCGCUAUUAGGGGAAGCUUUUCCCACAAGUUGCUGAGGAUUAAUGGCCUGCAACAGACAAACUGGGUCACGUCGAAGGAAUAUGGAGCUCGAGGAAGAAGACCCGCAAGUGGUGAUGGUGGUGGUGGCAGGGUUCCGAGGCACCAAUCGCAGGGAUGGAGGGGUAUUGCCUCGCACAGGGCCCUCACCUUCCAGCAAGCUUGCUUUCAUUCAGCGAGCCGGACUCGGAGUGGGGUAUGCUGGUCGCUUUUAAAAGGAGGAUAUGGUGGAAUGAAGCCAAAACAGCUUCUAAGUAAUGACUUUUAUACACGACAAUUUUCCCGACAGCGACCAGAGGAAUCUGAUGAGGAUUUUGAAGAGGGUUCAGAUGAAGAGAGGGAUGAAAUUGGUGUCAAUCGGGAAUUGCAAAGAUACGCAUGUCCGAAUGGAGAAGAGGAUGCCUCAGAAAGUGAUUAUGACGGAGUUUAUGAAGAAACACAGCUAGUGGAGCAGUAUAAUGCUGCUCACUACAGUAAAUUUGAUCAUGAAGUGAAACUUAGAUGCAGGGGAGCACUAGAUUUGCCGCUCUCCGCUGGGAAUUUCAGACAGAAAUUGGGUUGUAAACAGGUCAAUUAUGCUGGGGAAACUCAGUUGCUUGAGAAUUAUGAUAUAAGUCACUAUGGUAAAGCGGAUUAUGAGAAGAGCAAGCCAAUACACCUGCCACUAAAUAUGGCGAUUCAUGGUGUUCAUACGAAAGCUGUUGACAUGGGGUUGCUGAAGGUCUCGCCAACAACCUCUGUGAGGGUGUUACAUCUGGAAAAGUUUCAGCGUGAUACUGUUGAUUCAGAUGCCGAGACCGCGGAUGAGGCAGAACCGACUGAGGUUGUCGAUUCAGAAGCGAGCACGGAAGAUGAAGCUACCACCUCCAGGCAAGACCAGCAGGAAGCGCCGCGCUUACAGAAACCGAAUUCGGAGUUUCGUCAAGAACGGAUGUGUGAAUUUGAAAUGGAUCUCAAUGUCAGACUUGAGGAGGACAUGGAUUGUGAGUAUUAUGGAGAACCCAUGAAUUACGACACUCAGCUGGUCACAAAUACUGAGACACAAUUGGUUGAUGAUUAUCGUGACUGGCAAGGUGACACACAGUUAGUCUCGACAACUGGGAAGGAGUUUCUUGACAACAUGAGUAGCAGGCAUAGUAAGGUGGCAGCUAUCGAUUCCAAGGACAUGCCGUGUGAUAAAAAUGAUGGUUUUGAAACUAAAAAUAGGAGAGCAUUUACGCCAGUAAGUUCCGGCGGUAUUCAGAUUACGAAACAAACUGCAGAAAACAAAACGUUCUCUUCCUCUUGUAUGGACUUACCGAGUCUCACUACUGAGAGUAAGCUGUUAGUAGUUCCAUCAGUAUCUGAAGCAUCAGAGAGUUCUUCUUUCCAAAAUUGUGUCGGGACGGUUCGUGCCGAGUCCAUCCGAAUUGCAGCCAUGCAGCCCUUACAGUGGAUUUCAAAACUGAAACUUGACGAUUACACUUUUUUCAACCCUCAGGCUCUUAAGCCAUCCGGGAACAGAAUUGAUGCUCGUAAUUGCGUUGAUAGGGCAGAAGUCCCUUCGAAUGAGCCAGAGUGGAUGCGAGACUAUGGGAGUAAAGGAGACUUCCUAAUGAGCAAAUUUCGGGAUGAAAGGAUCAGUGCUCUGGGGCCAAGAUCUGGAGUAUCUGUACAAGAUUCCUCAUUGCCAAAGGAUAGCAAGCUUCCUGGGAUCCUCACCUGUGAGCAAGAGGUCAUGGUAGAACAGGGUGAUGUUGGCCGCCAGACCUGUUUUUCUGGAAUGAGACCUCUCUUUGGACCUGAUAUCUUAAAUAUGAAUUAUAAAGGCACCAUAGGUAAGCUAGGAUAUGAAGGCAGGGGUUUGGUAACUCCAUUGCAGCGUCGAAUCUCAUCAGGGCCAAGAUUGUCAUCUCCAACGGGUAGCAUGAACUAUUUAGACUCUGUGGAACCAGGCGAAGAGGUAAAAGCUGAAGCGUUGGACAUGGUGGACAAGCUGGUGUGGUUGAACAGUGCUGACGCUCCUCAGGCAUCUCCUCCUAGAAAAUAUAGGAAGUCCUUCCCUGGAUUACCUCCAGCUUCGUCCACUCUUGCGAAUCCUGCUUUGCAAGUAUUUGAAUUUGAGGAUACUCCAGUGGCACAGCGUUCACAAUCAUACAAUGAUGUGAGCCUAAUCAAGGAAAUUCAAGCUGAGUGGAAAAAGAAAACAGAACAGUGUCAUCGUGCAUUAACAAUAAAAAAAGGUAAAGAGAAGGAAACAGGAUUGUUGAAUGAAGGAGAAAGGUUGAGUAAGCUCUUAACAGACGACGAUCGCGAGAAAAUUAAUGAGCCUAGAUUGCUGCUUCAUGCGGCAAGCACAAAGCGUAUAUCGGCAAAACUACAACAGGACAAGGACGAAGCAUGUCUUGACGCGACAAAGACAAAAAGUCCUGCAACUGUGAAGAACCUUUCAACAACGCAUAGCCCUAAAACUGGGAGGACCCCUUUAUUAGCGAAGAGCCCUGCUGUAGACUCUGUUACCGAUGAGGUGAAGAGACUGAAAGGAAAUUCAGGAGAGCCUGGACAAGUGGCUGACAAUGGACUUCGAAAUGUUGUCGUUGAUGGGAUGCAGAAGCUCUCUAAUUUGAGUACAUUAAGUUCCAAUGAAGUCUUGGAGCAUAGUAGGGUCCAAGAAGAUAGAGAGGAAAAAGUUCUCGACGGAGCACAAAUUCUGACCAAGAGAAGGUCGCAGGGUAGGAACCGGCGUGAGCAUAUUCGCGUUCCAGAAGCGGUGCUCCUUUCAAGGAAUUAUUCUUCACCUGAGGAGAAUUCUCUCCUGGAUUGUGAAAUGGGAAAGAACUCAGCUGCAGCUCGGAAAAGGAGAAGUCUUAAUAUCAUGCUACGAGAUCGAAGCGCCAAAAAUGCGAGGUUAACGGAUGAAGAAGAUAUUGAGGAUCAGAAUGAACUCAAUGACAAUGCGGACGCUCUUUCAAGUCCCACAAGCAGUGGUGCUGACCCCAUGUUCGUUCUAUCUGAAAAACCCUCAAGCAGCCGACUAAAACAGAGAACCCCCCAAGUAGCCGAAGAUAGUACAGACAAAGACGAAGAGACUGCAGUUGUGGAGCCAGAAAGGCCCCAAAAGAGGCGAAGAAGGAGGAUCUCAGAAGCUUCGAAGCUCUUAAUAGGGGUUGAAGACAUAGGUCAUAUUCUUGGUGAGGAUGGAGUCAGAACUAGAAGUUUAAGGCAAUUGCGCGGAAGAUGUGAUGAUGACAACCAUGCUGAGCCCUUUUCAAUUGCACUAGUCCAGAAGAGAUUGCGGAGUGCUAGAAGAGGUUCUGGAGGAGGUCAUGAAGUUCCUAAAACCUCGACUAUAGAUGAAAUGAAUGAGGCGGAUAAUGAGGUUGAACAAGAUGCUAGCACUGGUACUUGGUCUGCAUCAUUUCAGGGCGAUAGUGACAAUGACGAGCUGGAGGCCAAUGACGCUAGCAGCUCAGGUCAGCAAGAGGAAAUUUCGGAUCAGGGAGCUAGUCAUGUGGACGAACCAAUUGAAGAUGACGAUGCUAGUCGUAUGAAGGUGAAACGGACUAGGAGCAUCGCAGAUGUAUCCAGUCCCUCCACACUAGUAUUAUUGCCGGCACCCUUCCCGCUGGUUACCGGCAGAAGAGGACGGGGUGCAGUUGUGAAACCUGAAAUUAUUGAGGACGGUAAUCUGCAGUGCUCCGAUCCGUCAUUUGUGGUACCUGCAGCAGGUAAGGGUCCUCGCAUGAGGACUGUACGCAAGAGACGAGAUCCUCAAUUGCUGGUGUUACCGUCGGAGGAUGCUUGGGAUUCUAUUCAAGAGGGAAGUGCUUCUGUAAGCACAGAAGGGAGUUUGCGGAGUCGAAGAGUAACAAAGGUUUCAGUAUUAUUCAGCCAUGGCUUGCUGGAAGACACCGUGAAGAAACAACGCAAGAUUGUUGAAAAGCUCGAUGGAAAAAUAACAACAAAGGCUGCUGAUUGCACUCAUUUUGUAGCAGAGAAGUUUGUGAGAUCCGCUAAUAUGCUCGAAGCCAUGGCAGGAGGGAAGUUCGUUGUCACAUUUGCAUGGUUGGAAAGCUGCCAGUUAGCGAAUUGUUUCAUUGAGGAGAGAAAUUUCAUUUUGCAAGAUGAAAGGAAGGAGAGAGAAUUAAACUUCUCAAUGCGUGCCACAAUUCUGGCUGCUCAAUACAAACCUUUAUUGCUGGGAGUCAGGGUUUUGUUGACCCCCAGUAUUAUUCCCAAGCCUCCUGCAAUAGCUGCAAUAAUCCAUGCAGCUGGUGGUCAGGUCGUAGAGGAGUAUGAGGGUCCUGCACCAGAAUCUCAGAAUGAAGAUUACUGUAUUGUUCUAGCAAACGAGAACGACAGGGACAUUUGUGUCCCAUUCCUUGAGCGAGGAGCCAAAGUGUACAAAUCGGAGCUUAUUCUUAGCGGGAUCAUAUCACAUCAUCUUGAGUUUUCAAAACAUGUACUUUUUGAAAACUAUCGAGCUGGAAGGCGUCGAGGGUGUGCGUUGCAGCAGGCUUGAAGGCGGAAAUCACGUGUGCACAACAUGUUCGACCUUGUUUAUUGGAUUUGGAUAGCCCUGCGGGUAUGGUUGAGUUUGCCAAAAUAUUCACACGAAACUUUCAUAAUUUUUAUGUCCAUUUCAAGGACUGUAUUAUAUUCAUAUUCCCUCGUCAGGUACUAGUUGCUCUUUGUUCGGUUAAGCACAUCAUGCUUUUCUGGAUCGUGAGCAGAGAACUUGUACAAUAGCUAGUCGUCAAACAUGUUCAGAAGGCAUUUUGGGUUGGGCGUUGUCACCGUGGGCUGCCAAUUCUGAGCUGGCUUUCAGAAGCAAAUUCUGUGGGUUCUAUUUACAGCUUCCAUGUUGUGCAGUGGCGGUUAGUCCUCUAGUCUUGACGUUCUUCUCUUUCUUCCUUCACUACCGAAGUGGAACGAGUUGACUGUUCGGUAGUUACAGUUAAGUUUUCACUGUUGCUGAGGUUCUUAUAUUUAUUGCUACUUGAGCUUUGCUCAUGUUGCAGCUUCCGGGUAGAGGCUUGUCUUGUGGCUCUGGUAGUUGGAAGAUAUCUGAAUCUAUUGAGUGUUUUGUUCUGUUGCAGACUAUCUUUAAUUAGGGUAUGCCAGACAUGCUCAUGAUGAUAUUCACUAUCUUGGUUUAGUGCAAUAUGUUACUUGAAUUCAAUAAUGAAUAUUAGUUAUGGUUUUGCCAAUA